UAAUAUUACACAUUAUUGCUUUAGUUUAAAGAAAAAUCAUUGACUCUAUGUAGAUAAAAUUCUAUUUUAUUACUGAUAAAUAAUUUUCGCAAUGUACAGGCAUCGGGAAUUAGUUUAUGUGGAAACUCAGAAAUUCCAUUUUGAAGGAAUCAACAAGUUUAAGAUUUAAAAGGGAAAAAGUAUCAAUUUUAUCGAUCCAAACAGAUAAAUCAGUGGGGAACCAGGAUUUAACUAAACAUGAAUAUUGAACUGUGAAAUGUUUUCAAACCCCUCAUAAUCUCGUAUUGAUUAAGUCAAUCAGGAGGCAUUUAAAUGCACAGUGUGGGAUUCUUAAACAAGAAACCUUAAUCAGGGCGAGCAUAUGCUAAUAUGAUCAGCGAUCGGAAACAAUGUAGUACCAUUAAAAAGAUCUUCGCCGAUAUGUAAUUUAAUAUCUUCGUGGACUGUGUAUAGUCGCAAAUGCUGAUUUUUAGGUCAUGUCAAGACUUUGUCCGCACUUUAAGCUGAGGAUGCUGUAGGAGAUGUCGGGGCUCGGUAAGGUGCUACAGGGCGUGGUCGGGCUCGUGGCCCAGAAGAAGUACCACCUCCUAACGCGGGAAAUGAUUCAGAACGCCAGGGCGGAUCUCAAUAACCUGAUGAAAGGAGUGGUGGGGGCCCAGGCUGAUAAUGUAGAGUCCCUCCGGACGGCCCUUAAAGCAGCAGAGGAGAAGGACUGGGACAAACUAGAGAUGGUUCUGGUGGACGCCCAGAUAGACUACACAACUCUGAUGAAAGCUCUGAAGAAAGGAUACAGACCCGUUCCUAGAACAGUUGAGAGUAAGAAAUUCACUGGAAUACACGAUCUUAUGGAUGUACCAACAGAGUUAGACAGUCUGACUCGAGCCUCCAAAACCUUUGUGAUAGAGAAACAGGAAGAGACGGACGAAGUGAACACCGAGAGAUACGUCAGUGAGGACGAGAAACCAGCUGAGACAGCCCGACAUGAGAACCAGCCAAGUCUUAUAGAAUCACAGCAAAAAGAAAUCGAAGAAUUAAAAAUUAGAUUAAGUAAAUUGGAGGAAGAAAAGCACAGAGAUAAAGAUCAAGAUUCGACAGUUUCAAAUCUCGGCGACACAAACAGACCUACAAAUCUCGCCGAGCGAUUCUCGGAACUUUACGACAACGAGUGGACAAUGGUUCUAGAGGAACUACGCAUGACCAAAGAGAAUCACGAGGAUGGGAAUAUCAAACUUUUGGCAGACAUUUUAGAGGCAGCAUUCCAGUACUGUAAGACUCUGGCCUCGGACCAGUUCCAGGAAAUGUGGGAGAAGAUUCUGUUCCCCAUGAGGAAUGUACCAGAGUGGCUAAAUGUGAGUAAAAAAUUACAAAAAGAAGCCUCAAGAUGUUUGAAAGAAUUCAGGAAAGAUCACGGUGUGCUCAGUAUUCAUUCAAUACAAAUGCUGUUCACACGGAAGCAGUUGUCCAAAAUGAUUGACCCUGAUUUACACACAGACAAUUUAAUGAAAUACUCCAACCUGUGCAUACAAUUGUCCUGGCUUUUCAAUAUUCAGGAUCCGCCUAUGUGUUUACUUUGGGCCCAUGAAGGACAGAGAGUGUCUGAGCAUUUAAGACUGUACAGUGGGAAAGGAAAAACUGUGUCUUUUAAUGUAUGGCCGUCGUUACUAUUACACGAGGGUGGUCCGCUUUUAAAGAAAGGCGUUGUCCAACCGCAUAGCAAUUAAGUUUAUAUCAGAAUAAAUCACGUAUCAUUCCAUUAGAUUUAUACUCUACUUCAAGUAUUUAACUUAAGAAUAGUUGUAAGUUUUUUUAUAAACUUUUUAAUCAUUAUCUAUCAUAAUAAGUGAUAUUGUAUUUUAAUUUUAUUUCAUUGUAUUGUUUAUUAUACAUGUAUGUAUAAACCGUU